AUGAGGCAUUCAAUUACACAGCUUUCCGCUGUGCUCACGGCACUCUCCACAACAGCUCAAUCGGCCGUCCUGCCCCGCGCCAAAGAAGGAUCCUGCACAAAAGCCAAAGUCGUUAUCCUCGGAGCCGGUGUCGCAGGCAUUUCAGCAGCUCAAAAUUUGACAGAUGCAGGAAUCAAAGAUUUCGUCAUCGUCGAACACAACGACUAUAUCGGUGGCCGUCUAAGAAAACAAUCAUUCGGCAAGAAUGCCGAGGGCAAGCCUUACACCAUCGAGCUCGGCGCCAACUGGGUGGAAGGAAUUGGAUCUCUAGAGACACACGAGAACCCUAUCUGGAAGCUAGCAGAAAAGUACGACCUCGUAUCUACUUUCUCCAAUUACUCCUCUAUCAAGACGUUUGACCACAAGGGAGAGGCCGACUGGACUGACAAGAUCGAGGAACUGGAUGCUGCCAUUGGAAAGGCUGAGGUCGAAUCUGGCCGCCUGCUGCUCGAUAACCUACAGGACACAUCUGCUCGUGCUGCCCUCCGCACAGCAGGAUGGCGUCCUGCGAAGGACGAUAUGUACGCCCAAGCAGCAGACUGGUGGGGAUGGGAUUUUGAAUCUGCCUGGACCCCCGAUGAGAGUGGUCUCAUCUUCGGUGUAGCCGGUGGCAAUGCUACAUUUGGCUACUUCAGUGAUAUCAGCAACCUUGUCUUCGACCAGCGUGGCUUCAACACCAUCAUUCAGCAGGAGGCAAAGACGUUCCUCAAGGAUGAGGAUGAGCGACUUAUGCUCAACACCACUGUUAAGGGCAUUAAGUACAGCAAGGACGGUGUGAAGAUCACGACGAAGGAUGGUGAGUGCAUCGAGGCCGAGUAUGCCAUCUGCACCUUUUCCCUGGGAGUACUGCAAAGCGGUACUAUUGACUUCGAGCCUAAGCUACCCGACUGGAAGCAGACCGCUAUCGACCAGUUUGCCAUGGGCACAUAUACCAAGAUCUUCAUGCAGUUCAACGAGUCGUUCUGGGACGACGAGACCCAAUUCUUGCUUUACGCUGAUCCUAUCGAGCGUGGUCGAUUCCCUCUUUUCCAAUCACUCAACGCCAAGGGCUUUGCUGAGGGCUCUAACAUCCUCUUUGGCACCGUCACUGGAGAGCAAGCCUGGCGCGUGGAGCGUCAGACUGACGAGGAGACGGAAGAGCAGAUGGUUGAGGUCCUGCAAUCUAUGUUCCCCGACAAGAAGGUCCACAAGCCAACCGCCUUUACUUAUCCUCGUUGGAGCACUGAGCCCUGGGCAUACGGAUCCUACAGCAACUGGCCCGUAGGCAUGACUCUAGAGAAGCACCAGAACAUGCGCGCCAACCUUCAGCGUCUGUGGUUCGCCGGUGAAGCCAACUCAGCUGAAUUCUUCGGCUUCUUGCACGGCGCCUUCACCGAGGGACGAGAUAUCGGCCACAGGGUUGGAAGAAUCCUCAACGGAAAGGCUGGCGAUGAUGAGUAUGAUAUGGAGCGAUACGAGGAGCUCCACGGAACAACGUUCGCGGACGAGUAUGAUGAGGACAACGGCUGGUUGUUCCCCUACGAUGUUCAAGGCGAGGAGGAGUCAGAGGAGUGA